AUGCCCAGCGCAAAGAGCGAUGAAAUCCAGACCGAUAGCGAGACGGCGUUCACUCCCGAUCAGACCGAAGCCCAGUCAACCAUCAGCUCCUCUCCGCCCGAUCACGAUGGCCUUCACACGCCCACCCUGGGCCCCAUUCACUCGGGAAGCCCCAAACUAUCGAGGAAUCCUUCCUUCUCAGGCAGCAGCUCAUACCAAGAAGACUGGGAUGCCUUCCCGCCUCUCGAUCGCCUGACCAUGCUCGACAUUCUCGACAACUUCGCCCUGCCACAACAGCUCGAGAAGUUACAGAAGGGUAUAUCCGCACAAACCCAAAAGGUCCGAAAGUCGCGGGAUGCUUUCAAGAACAGGAGCCAGCACGCGCGAGAGCGCAUGGUCGAGGAAUGGAGGCGACGCGUACCCACUGCCGAGGAACAGCUCGAGAGGUACAGGAAGCGCAUGCGCGUAAGCGUCGAUAAGCUCGGCAAGCAGUGGAAUGAUACCAGAGUUGUGACCCUCAGAGAAAAGGUGUCUUUUAUCUGUGGAGUCAUGAACAUUUUCGUCAGCGGUCUCCUCAUCGGAGGGUACCCCGAAUACUUUCACCUGUGGUAUACCGUCCAGCUCUUGUAUUUCAUGCCCAUCCGGUACUUCACCUACCAUCGUCGUGGCUACCACUACUUCCUGGCCGACCUCUGCUAUUUCGUCAACUUUCUUCUCAUGCUCAGCAUCUGGGGGUUUCCCAACUCGAAACGGCUCUUCCUGGCUGUUUAUUGCUUGGCUUUCGGCAAUAAUGCUGUUGCCAUCAUCAUGUGGAGGAACUCGCUUGUCUUCCACAGCUUCGACAAAGUCACGUCGUUGUUCAUCCACAUCAUGCCAUGCGCGACACUCCAUUGCAUCGUACAUUUGUGGUCCGAGGAAAUGCAGGCCAAACGUUUCCCUGCCGUGUGGACAAUCAAGCACUCUCCGGCCGGCUCACCGACUGCAUACGGCAACGUGGUGUCCAUGCUGGCGUGGAGCUCGAUCCCCUACGCGGUCUGGCAGUUGUCCUACUAUUUCUUCAUCACGGUUCGACGUCGGGAGAAGAUUGCGGCAGGAAGGCCCACGUCCUUUACUUGGCUGCGAAAAUCCUACUCAAAAGCCUGGAUUGGCAAGAUCGUCCUGUCGCUUCCGGACCCCUUGCAAGAGACGGCUUUCAUGCUGAUUCAGUACUCGUAUGCAGUGCUGACCAUGCUUCCCUGCCCCAUUUGGUUCAUGAGCAGGUACGCGUCGGUAGGCUUCCUGAUGGUAGUCUUCACAUGGAGCGUCUACAACGGUGCCACCUAUUACAUUGACGUCUUUGGAACCCGGUUCCAGAAGGAGUUGGAGUCGUUAAGGGCUGAGGUGAAGCAAUGGCAAAAUACGCCGGAGAUGGCUGGUCACUCGCCGCUGAUCACGCCCAACCCGGACGGUACUGGACCGAGUGAGCUUCAACUGUCGCCCGGUAACGACUCGGCGGAAGAAGGCAAUCUUGACUCGGCCCUCAAGCACGAGAACGCGGUAGUCCGAGAGAGUGUCAGGGCCGGCGGGCCUGGUGUGGACAAAAUACCGAUGUUGAGCGAGGAGCUCUCGGCUGAGGCAGCGGCAAGUGGUGUUGACGGAGGUGCCAGAGACGUGGCCAGGGAGAGGAAGGCGAUUCCCGCGGGACGUUGA